AUGUCGCCGAAUGACGAUGAUAUCUUCCGGAGAUGGACCACGUUACGACGGAACUUCUUGCCCAGAAUGUCACCGGCGGCUGUGCAGUUGUCCGUCGGACGAGCGGCGACCGUUGCGAAAUCGUCGUGCGUACUUAUUGAUGAGUACACCAGCCACAGCACGGUUCACGGAAUGCGAUACAUAUCCAAAGCCAGUCUGCUGGAGAAAAUUUUUUGGAUUACAAUGUUAACCAUUUGUGGACUAUCAGCAUGUUAUAUUGGCAACCAGUUUUGGCUCAAGUUCCGUUCCAAACCUACACAACUGGCAGUUAAAGACACCCAUGUGCCUUUGUACGAGUUUCCUUUCCCUUCGAUUACCAUCUGUCCAGCAAUAAAGGUCAAAAAGACAGUAGGUCUUGAAUACUUUUCAAGGUACAUCAGUAUCGACAACGAUACAGUGCGAACUGGAUUAUUGAAUAUAAUGAGCGCCUUAUCGACGAUGCAACAGCCGACUUAUUUUCGAAUGGCGGAGUACGUAGAUAAGGCCAAACACUUGUUGCCCUUGUUUAGAAAUAUAAACCUAACUGAUUUUAUGUUGACGACACUGCCGACAUGUAAUGAACUAUUUGGCCGGUGCAAAUGGCACGGCGAAAUUAUAUCGUGUUGCGAAGAGUUCUCGCUUCAGAGGACCGAGGAAGGAUUUUGUUAUUCGUUCAAUUCUCUAACUUCCGAAGCUGGAAAACAUUGCCCUCUUUCCGAAGUGUUAGAAAACGAAGGCAUCGUUGAAGAAGAUGACUAUAUGUAUCCCGGAUGUCAACUGAGGAGAAAUACCGCCGUAGGUACGGUCACGGGUCUAGAAGUGUUUCUGUACAAAACAAAUAUGUCCGAAUCGCUGGGCCUGGGACAGCGUGACAUAGACGGUGCUAGGAUCAUGAUCCACACGUCGUACCAGUUUCCAAACGCGGGAGAUGGUAUAUGGUUAAGGUCUGAACAAGGCCGACGACUGAAUAUCAUGAUUUCACCGGUGAUAACCGUCACCAGCAGUCGGGUAAAAGAUCUGAGUGUGGAGACGCGGGGCUGCGUGUUUCCGGAUGAAAGGGAGUUGUACAUCUAUCACGUGUACACGCAGAGUUCGUGUCUGAUCCAGUGCCGCAUGGAAUUCAUCUUGUAUACUUGCGGUUGUCACAUGUAUUUUUUCAUAACACCCGAUGAUGGAAAACCAAUGUGUGGUAUAGCAGAUCUAACUUGCAUAAAUCAUAAUACCCGUCAUAUUAGAAUGCUAACUCCACCCAAAGGUACUCCUGGUUUUGAGGCUCGGCUCAUACGUGAUUCACUAGAUUGUUCACAGUGCAUACCUACUUGUUACGAGACAACGCAUGAAAUCGAGAUGGAGUCGUCUCCAGAUCAAAGAACGUCCGUUUGGAAACUGUUCAGCUAUUUGGACGUGGCGUAUGGAAACUUAGGUUCCAAAAAAUAUCAAAGGGACAUAACUUUUGCUUGGACAGAUCUUUUAGUGGCACUGGGAGGUGUCGCCAACUUAUUUUUGGGGUUCAGCAUACUGAGUGUAGUCGAAUUCAUUUAUUGGACGCUGAAAAUAUGUGUCAUUACAUUCAUUAGACUGUGCAAAUAG